AUGAGUGGCGGAAAAGAUGAAGUUAGUGACAAAGCUCUAUUGAAACUGCUGCAAGCAAAAUCGCCCAACACCAUCGCCAUUUUCUCUCGAGGGGAAUACUUCACAGUUUACGGAGAAGAUGCUAACUUCGUGGCAACUAACAUUUUUAAAAGCGAUGUUUGUGUCAAGACUUUUACACUAUGCACUACUGAAUCUCAACAAAUGAAAUAUAUUUCUGUGAAUCGUGGACAGUAUGAGAAAGUUGUUCGCGAAACAGUUGUACUGCUUAGGUGCUCCGUAGAGCUUUAUGCGAGUGAACAAGGAGAAUGGAAAAUGAUCAAACGUGGAUCUCCCGGUAAUACCGUUGAGUUCGAACAAGAAAUUGGAGUGUCAGAUCAAGCACCAGUCCUUGCAGUAUAUAUUCACCCUGGAGAGGAUGAUAAUAGAGUUACCUUGUGUGCCUGGGAUUCCGGUAACGUACGGUUGGUUACAAGCGAGUUUAUUGACACUCCGAGCUUCUCACAAAUCGAGCAAUGCAUCUUCGGAUUGUGUCCAACUGAGUAUUAUCUCAUCAAUGGGGUUCUCGCUAGUCCAAGAAUCAAAAAACUGUCCAAUGUGUUCACAAAAAUGGACGUUCACUGUAUGCAAGCAUUGAAGACGAAAUCAGAAUGGCAGAAUAUUCUCGAUUGUAUUCAUGAAGACUACAGAGAGGAAGCAGAAAAGCAAAGCAAUUCUGUUAAGGAGUGUCUCCAGACGUUGCAUGCAAACGUAGCUGAUGAGUAUCGUAACUCUGAAAAGUACAGCAUUUUCAAUUACGGAACACAUGGUAACAUGCAAAUCGACUCUUGCGCUGUCGACGCUUUAGAGCUAUUCCAACUCAAUUAUAACUACUUGGAGAAAUCUAACAAUUUGACACUUUACAAUGUUCUCAACAAAUGUAAAACGCUUCCGGGAGAGAAACUUCUCAGAGAUUGGCUUUCCCGUCCCCUUUGUAAUAUCGAUCAUAUCAACGAACGUCUUGAUGUCGUCGAAUCAUUGUUGGAAAAUCAGAAUGUUCGUCAGAAACUCCGUGACUCAUUUCUUGCAAGAAUGCCAGAUUGUUCUCAACUGGCUCGUCGACUUAUGAGAAAGUGUACACUUCAGGAUCUUAAUCGUUUUUAUCAAGCAGCUACUCUUUUGGAAAGUGUUGAAAUGCAGCUGAUACAACUUUCAGAAGACAAAAGAUUUUCCGCUUCUAUCGACCGUCUUUUGAAAUCCGAGGUUACCGCAAUCCUGAAGAAGGUGGAACGCUUCCAAGUUCUCUGUGACGAGUUCUUCGACUUUGAUUAUGAGAAAGAACAUAAAGAAAUUCGUGUUCGUGUCGAUUUCGUACCUGAAAUUCAAGAAAUCAGCGAGAAAUUGGACCAAGUUGAUAAGAUUGCUGAGAAGUUGCGCAAGAAAUAUUCUGCAAAAUUUGAAUGCGACAGUAUGAAACUGGAUAAAAAUUCUCAAUACGGAUACUACUUCAGAGUUACUUUGAAGGAGGAAAAAUCUAUUCGCAAAAAAGAUGUGCAUAUUCUGGAAACUACCAAAGGGAGUGGAGUGAAGUUUACUGUCGGAGAGCUCAGUGAUAUAAAUGACGAGUUUCUCGAGUUUCAUUUGAAAUAUACUCGAGCCGAAGAAGAAGUUAUCACAAUGUUGUGCAAUAAAGCAGAAGAAUUUAUUCCGUUAAUUCCUGCGAUGGCUCAACUCAUUGCAACUCUUGAUGUUUUCGUUUCUUUAGCAACCUUCUCUUCCAUGUCUUCGGGUAUUUACAGUAGACCGGAACUGCUACCACUUGGAUCAAAACUCCUCGAACUGAAACAGUGUAGACAUCCAGUCAUUGAGAGCAUUAGCGAGAAACCAUUCAUUCCGAACGAUGUGAUUCUGGAGAAAAAUCGUCUAAUCAUUCUGACCGGUGCUAACAUGGGCGGCAAAAGUACAUAUCUUCGUUCGGCGGCUCUUUCCAUUCUUCUCGCUCAAAUUGGAUGUUUUGUCCCAUGCAGUUCCGCGAAAAUCUCAGUAGUAGAUGGUAUUUUUACUCGCGUGGGAGCAUCUGAUAAACAAUCCCAGGGAAUUUCAACAUUUAUGGCUGAAAUGCUCGAUUGUUCUGCUAUCCUUCAACGCGCUACGGAGAAUUCGUUCGUUGUAAUUGACGAGCUUGGACGAGGAACGUCGACCUUCGACGGAUUCGGAAUCGCUUCAGCUAUUGCGCAAGAUAUUCUGAAUCGCAUCAGGUGUCUCUCAGUCUUCGCUACUCACUUCCAUGAAAUGGGAAAACUCGCUGAACAACCAGGAGCCGUUGCUCUUCAAAUGGGAGUUCAAAUCGAGAAAAAUCAAAUUCACAUGCUUUACAAAGUUUCCGAAGGUGUUGCUCAAUGUUCAUUCGGUCUGAAAGUGGCCAAAAUGGUCGGACUUGAUGAAAGUGUUAUUAAGAAAGCUUCGGAGCUGCUUGAAGGACUUGAGAAGAAAGUGAUCAUCGACAACGACAAGAAGAAAGAACUCCUUGAAUCUUCUGAUAUCAGACAGGCAAUCCUUCAACUCGUCAACUAA